AAUGUGCAGGCGAAAUCAGGGGCACCUGCCAGAACCGAUAAUCUGACACCUUCGACGUGCGCUUUGAAUGGCCGCCAGCCGAGUGACCGGUAUCAUGCCAAACCUUUGCGGCCUUGGCCCCCUUGCGUGAGCGAGUCACUUCCGCUUUUGAUCGCCCGCCACCUCGCAAGACUCAACCAGCAACUCCAGCUCCAAUAGCGAUGGCCAGCGCACUCCUCGAGAGCUACAAGCAGUGGGCCGAUGGCAUGGAUGUCAUGCUCAUGGACUGGGUCGACCCCACCCUGCGCUACCGCCUCUCGCCCAUGCAGGACUACUACCUUGCCGACUUUGGCACGGUUUUCGCGGUAUGCAUCGGCUACCUCACCUUUGUGGUGGUGGGAACGCUCGUCAUGAAAUCUGGCAUGCCCGCGCUCAACACGGCCCCACUCCAGUUCAUCUACAACCCCAUCCAAGUCGUUUUGUGCUCGUAUAUGACCGUCGAGGCCAUUUUGCAGGCCCGCCGCAACGACUACUCGGCUACCCCGUGCAAUGCUUUUAACCACGAGAACCCCGUCAUGGGCAACCUCAUGUACAUCUUCUACCUAUCCAAGGUGCUCGACUUUUGUGACACGUUCUUUAUCGUUAUGGGCAAGAAGUGGAAGCAACUCUCGGUGCUGCACGUGUACCACCACGUCACCGUUUUCUUCUGCUAUUGGGCCAACUUCCGCACCUCGUACGAUGGCGACCUCUACAUGACUAUCGUACUUAACGGCGGCGUGCACGCGAUCAUGUAUAUGUACUACUUCGUGAGCUCGCACACGCGCAAGAUCUGGUGGAAGCCGUACCUGACGACGGUCCAGAUGAUCCAGUUCCUUCUGAUGAACGCACAGGGCUACCUCAUGGUCUCGCGCUCGUGCCCCGGCAUGCCGUACAAGAUCUCUGUCAUGUACCUCAUCUACGUACAGUCGCUGUUCUGGCUCUUUAUGAACUUCUUCGUCGUGAACUACUGCUUGAGCUCGCGGAAGCCCAAGGCCGUCGAGGCUGAGAAGAAGACGCUGUAAAUGAGUUGAGUCAAUCCGUCAGUGGAAGGAGCAAGCAAGCGGCAGGGCGAGACGAGCGUUGUUUUUUUCCGUCUCCGAGUGCAACGAACCAUCGCGGGAGCGGAGGCAGGUGAGCCUUCGAACCCGCCCAGGCUGGCCCAAGUGUAUUUUCUUAUCGCCAAUGUAGGGUCUCACUUCCAUCGUAAUGGUAACACUAAUACUACAACAGUUCUUGAACAAUAUACAUGACGUCGGCAGCGCAGUGGUGGCUUCGCAAGCCCAUUACAAGGCAAGAAUUGAUCCCUGUGCAUUUUUGAUUUCUUGUUGAGCUUGGUGACGUAGUGCAGCCAUGUUACGAAAAAAAGGCAGCGAAACAGAGCGUAACAUGGGACCA